AAGCUGCUACGUACGGCUCCAGAUAAGGUUCCUCUAAUCUCACCGGGUCCGUCAACUUAUAGUGACGUCUACUCUUCCAGUCCGCGAAGAAUUGCAAGCGCAUUGAUCUAUCACCGACCUGAGCCAGAACUUGAGGAAACAUUCAUCGGUGGAGCUUCACCGAAGGAGGCAGCCGCCAAGGUUGAUCCGUCAUCGUUUGUCCUCUACUAUCGAAUUGAUGAUCCUCUCAGUGACCGAGCAUAUCUAUACAUGGCGUAUAAGAACAGCCUAGGGAAAACACGAUUUCAGCCAUUCCAUUUCCCGCUCACAUGUCGAAAAGCAAAGCAUGACGAUAGCACUGAGUCAAUAUUCUGGCGAGUUGAGUACGGUGAUACAGAUCCUAUGGAG